AUGAACUCUUUGAACAUCAUCACGGCCCGCGUGUCGCCUCCUCCGAGCCCAGGCCAAUCGCGAUCCAAUAGUAUAAGCUCCAUUGGCAUCGGCAUUGCCUCCGAAGACGAUCCUUCCCACGCCCAAUCCGACGAUAGACCAUCCGGGCACGACGUCGACCCCUUCACCCAAGAUACGUUUGACGAGUCGCGGUUCAGUACGGAAAAGUCUUAUGCCAGUGAGGCCACGCCCCUAUUGGGAGAUACCGGCGAAGUCAGCAAGCGAAGCUCGUGGUGGCACUCAAUCCCUCGCCGACUCGCCUCGAGCAUCAUCGGAUCUAUCCGAUGGGUUCUCGCGACCUUGGCCUCCCCAGGUGUAUAUCUCAUCGCUUGUUUUUACGACGAGGACGGCAAUUUUGCGCCAUGGACUCAAUUCGGAAAGCUUUUUGGAUUUCAUAGAGGAACUCGACAUAAGAAAGAUAUGGAUGAGACCGAGAUUCGUUCUGAAAAGGAGGAGCAUGGGCGGACUACAGGAUUUAGAAGGCUAGCGCCGCGGCCCAGGCCAGUAUCAGGAUCUUCAACAACAUCAUCAGGACUCUCAUCGGAAUCGGAAUCGGAUGGAUCACGAUCGGGCAGCCUUGGACGGCACGCGCGGUCCAAAUCACUGCAACCCGCAGAGGAGGGCAACCCCGGCCGGAAAUCUAUUCGAAUCAAGCUCAACAGUGACGAGGCGCUCAGGCAACGGAAGCAUAGGAAAACGCAGUCGGCCGUCGCGCGCACCAAGGCAAGCGACUUGGGCAGUGGCGAUCUCUCGGCACACCUCAAGUCUCCUACCUCUCCCAUCGCAGCUCUCACCAAGUACCCCAGGACACCGGCACCUCCUCGGCCUCUCAUUCCUCGGCGGCAGCCUUCAUAUCUCAACAUCGAAGCGCCGACGAAGCAGCAGAAGACGCUGAUUCUGGACCUCGACGAGACACUGAUUCACAGCAUGUCCAAAGGAGGCAGGAUGAGCACAGGACACAUGGUCGAGGUGCGCCUGAACACGACAUACGUGGGGGUUGGUGGACAGACAUCGAUCGGGCCGCAGCACCCGAUACUAUACUGGGUCAACAAGCGACCAUACUGCGACGAGUUCCUGCGCCGGGUGUGCAAGUGGUACAACCUGGUAGUGUUUACGGCGUCGGUUCAGGAGUACGCAGAUCCAGUGAUCGACUGGCUGGAGACGGAGAGGAAAUUCUUCUCAGCACGGUACUACCGCCAGCACUGCACCUUCCGGCAAGGAGCGUUCAUCAAGGACCUGAGCUCGGUUGAGUCUGACCUGAGCAACGUGAUGAUCUUGGACAAUAGUCCGUUGAGCUAUCUGUUCCACCAAGACAAUGCUAUCCCGAUCCAAGGCUGGAUCAACGACCCGACAGAUACAGACCUGAUGCAUCUGGUGCCUCUGCUGGAGGGACUGCAAUAUGUACAUGACGUGAGAGCGCUGCUUGCGCUCCGAGGUGGCGAAGACGGACAGCACAUGGCAUGA